AAGGCAGUACUAUCUAGGCAGCUUUCACUAGAUCUCCAUCCCCUAGAGUUCUCCAGACGCUUUCUCUGGUCUAUUUAGAAGAACGAUGAUGGAUAACUUUCAUUUUUGCCAUGGCUAGUCUCAUUGAGCCGGCUGUUGGACGAGCAGGAGCUUCUCUCUGUGGUGUCCUUUGGUGUGAACGUAUAACCUCAAAGACAAGAUUGAACGAUGAACAGUAAGCGGGUGCAGAGUUUCAUGGAUCCUCUACCUCAAGGCAAGAGAGCAAGACUAGAGGGUUCCAUGGGUACUGUGGGCACUUCAGGGCUUUCCAACACCAACAGCCUGCCUCAGUACUCCCAAGAUAAGUCUUUACCAUACAGACACGCCUAUAUGUCAUGCUCUCUCCGUGGACAAGAGGCUUUAGAUGUCCCCGCACCUUGGAAUCCCUCUCGGAUUUUAGUGAGAAAUGGAGGGAGCCCUGUGGUUCAUCCUUCAGCCACAAAGGGGUCAAUUACAGAUCCAGUCAUUUAUAGGCCUGAAAGCAUGAAUUUCCCCGAGGACAAUGGCUCCCCCACUGUAGCAGAAGAAGUGGUAGUGAAGCAGAAGCUUGCCUGCUGUACUAGAAGUCAGAGUAAACACAGCCCUAAUACUGCGGGAUUAAUGACCCCUGCACCUUUCAGGAAAAUCCCUAUAAAUUGCACAAGUUUAUCCCCCUCAGCAGCAGAAAAAUCUGGUGAACUUGCUAUUCCAAAACCAGUGUAUGGACAUAGUCCUUGCUGUGCUGGCCAAAAGAGCUAUACUAUGGACCAAGGGCUGCAAAGGAUGCCCCAGCAAAUGUUUGAAGAUGAUCGGAUGGCAUAUUAUGGUCACUGGGCAUGCCUGCAUAAAAAGGAGUCGGAAGCCUUGAUGCAGCAGAGAUUAUUGCCAUUUGAGCACUGUGGAGAGAGGGUACCGUUAAAAGACGUACCCACGGAAGGCUACCGUGAUCUCAGCCUAAGCAAACCUCAAAGGGUUUCUGCAUUUUCCGAUGUACGCCAGAGCAACUUUAUGUAUAACCAUGUUCACCCAUUUGUCCCCUCUUCACCAGAUCACUGCCAACGUUUCCAGCCUAGACAGGCACAUAAGGAACUGGCUCCUAUGUAUGAGCCAGUGCCUGGGAUGCAAUAUGGAGCACGCAUGCAGAUUUAUCAAGAUUGUCCUCACACAUCUAAGGAUCAAGAUGUAUUUCACCAUUCCUUGCUUUAUUGUCCAAAGAAUAACAUUGAUGUUUACAGACCUGAGAAUUCUCAGCAAAUGUCUGGGCAGAGUCCUAUUCCUCAACCUUUCUUUAGAGAUUUCAAGAAUCCUUACACUAUGUAUCCUCUUGGCCACCCAGUUGUCAGGAACAUAUCUGCUUAUCCUGCUUAUAGAACACACUUAAAUACAAGAUAUGUGAACCCAUUCAAUAAGAGACCAUUUUGCCCUCCUGUCAUGCAGCAGGUAGAACAACCCCUGGACUUUUCCCUACGGCGAGAGCAGAAUGCAGACUCCAACCAGGAACAACCUCCUAAAGGACACCUUGGAAUUAAAGGGACUUUCCAACAUACUGAGCCCCAAGACCACUAUCAGCUUUCAAAUAAUUUACGUCUUGAAAAUUCAUCCUCGGACAGUCCUUGUCCGAGACAAGAUAAUUGUCAUUUUAAGAGUCACAGUUAUACAGCUUCUCCCACAUGCACUCAUGAUUUAUUCAAUAAAAAGCAGAGUUUAUGUUUUUCAGACAAACCAGGUAAUGGUAUUGUCCUAUCUAAAAAGCACAAGGUGGAAACUGACAAAAGCUGUGAAAAUGAUUCUUUGGUUAAACUUCAAGCAGUACACCAGCUGAAAACUAUUGAGACUAAGCAACCUUCUUCCCCUCCAAUGCCAGUAAUUAACAAAGUCUUUAGUCUGGCUCCUUACAAAGCCUACUUGGAAGCUACAGGUGUUUUGUCAUCUGCACAAGAUCCCAGUUGUCCAAUGCUGGCACCUGACUCAAAGCCACCAAAAGACGAACCAGAAGCACAAAACGCAGAAACAAAAACAAAUUUGGACAAAGACUUUUUUAAAUUGAAUGUCAAAACUGAGAAAAUAGAGCCUGAUGGAAUGGCAUGUUGGUCAAAAAAAGAGAGAUGCAGUCCUGUGAUUGGUCAAAACAACCUUAAUGUAAAUUAUAAAGAUGAACAAGAUAAUUUAGAAUCAACAGAGAAUGAAACCAAACACAGCCUAGUUAUAAAGAGUGGCUGUUCUUCACAUUCAAAGUCAGUUACACCGGAAAUGCCAGAGCGUCCCCUUGAACGUGCUGUUGCGUGUAGUAUGAGGGAUGGAGUUGCUGUGCCAAUUCAAGACCAUGACAAAAAACAAUCUAAUUUUCCAGCCCCUUUGUCUGCCAAACUCCCAAGUCCAACUCAAACAAAUCAGGGAAGAUUUUCCCUCAGUAACAUCCCUCCUCAUUGUCUUAAACUGACUAGCUUUAAAAUAAUUUUGCCAGAAGUCUUCAAAACUCCCGUCUCUCCGGUCCCUGAGGUUCUUCGGUCUCCUGUUGAGAAUAAAGUAGCCAUAAGCAGUAAGCAAGCCCGUUAUCAGUUCAUGGAGCUUCACCAGUCACUCUGCAGACUUGUAUCAGCUUGCAUUUCUCAAACCUCACAUUGUGAACUCAGGAACUGGUUAUCUAGAUUGGACCUGGAUGAGUCUGCUUCUCCUCCAGCAAAAAUCCAAAAUGUCUCAUGCCUUCUGGGUUCCAAGGGGAGGGAGGUGUGGCUGAAAGAUGAAGAGAUUAUGAGAGCACUCCAGAAAGUUCUUUACCAGCUUGAGAACUAUGUCAGAAUUCAAGAGUGCCCCUUUCCUCAUGUCAUCAGAGCAGGGACUGUGUUCAUCCCCAUGCUGGUGGUGAAGGAGGUGCUGUUUCCUCAGGUCCAGGGCACGUUUAUAGACCAGGUUCUACAAGAGCAUCGAGUUGAGUUGCGGCCGACCACGCUGUCAGAGGAAAGGCAGCUGACUCAGCUCCACAAGCGAGCUUUUUCUUCUAAACUAAGGCGGCUCCUAUCUCUCAAACACCUGCCAGAUAUCUAUCCAGAUGUCCUCAACCUCGUCUACUAUGCUGAUGUCUGCAGAUUCCUUGAUUCUACUCCUACAGAUGAUGCACAAAAGGAAUAGACGUGAAGUCCAUUUGUAAAAAAGAAUGUGUGCAGUGCCCUGAUGAAGCUGAAAGUUGUUUUAACAAGUUUGAGGUGUACUGCACAUCACCAAGGCCACACGUGCCAGACACUGCCGCAUGCCUGGAGAACCUGAAGCAAACGUCUUUCCAGAAGAGUCUUGGGAGCAAAGAGAGGGUAAAGGGUGCCUGCAAGAGAAGGUUUUUAGGAGACGACACUUCCUCCGAAGAGGACGGGCCUGCUGAGGAAUCUGAAAACUGGACUUUUGCCAGCUGUUUGGAGGUAGAAGGAUGGGAAAACGUACCAGCAUCUUGUACUGACGUAGAGGCUCAUAUUGAGGUGAAGAUGGAGUCAGACACUGAGCAAGAGCCUGAGAAUUCCUGGAGGCGCCCUUUGACCUCUGACGACCUCUCAUCAGAGAGCAUUGAUGUGGAUACAGGGAUGGCCUCGUUGUCCUCAUAUGCAAGACAUGCACCCAGUAGCACUAAGAAGCGCUCGGAUAUGGUCCUAAAGCUCAGGAAAGUCUAUUACACCAAAGGCCGACAAGGCCAAGUAUCCCACUACCAGAGAGUCCCGGACCAGUCUGAGGUUCAGAGAGGGAGACACAGACGUUGUCGCAGAAAAAAGAAGCGCAGAAGCUCUGAUUCUAGUAUGCGACACAGAGCGAGGAAGUUCUCAUCAAGAGCACAGCACUGCCCCUAUCUCCCAACUCCGUCUACUUCAGAGCAUAGGAUGAGAUGGGUACUGCGCUCAGCAGUACAGAACGCCCACCAGGCCGUGAGGAACAGCUACCCGGAACUGGUGGGCAAAAGGAUCCGCCAUCUGUAUGAAGAAAACGAUAAGACCGAGGUGUGGUACAAGGGUAUAGUACUGCGUAUCCAUGAGUCUCAUCCUAACCCGCUAAAGACUGUGUUUGAGGUCAAGUAUGACAGCGAGCCAGAGUGGCAGUACUACCUGGAGCUACUAAUGGACUACAAGAAAGGGUGGCUUCAGAUUGAGGACUGAAGUUGUGUGUAGAAGUGUAAAUGCUUUCUAAACUGUGAACUUGUCAUUCUCUUUGCAUCUUUUCACUUAAAAAAUGUGAAUUUUUACCAUGCUUUUUAAUGCUGACCAUCACAUUUGAAGAGAUUAUAUUUAUAAAGAGUUGAGUCUGUUUAAAGUUUUAACAGCUGCUCUACCAAUUAUGGUCAGCUAUAUGUUUGAGAUAU